AUGCAGCUUGCAAGAAAGGGCAACUCACGAGGGUCCCAUUCAAUAUCGAGAGGGUACGAUAUGCGAGGCAAGGCACACUCAACGGAGGCUGGUGCACUACCAGUACCGCUGCAUCAGUACUCCAUACCAAGCACAAACAUCAAGCAGAAGCAGAAGCAGAAGCACGAGUCCAUCUGUUCCGAAUUGUCGGGCGAGUUCCGGAUAUUGCUCAAUGGUCCUUGCUGA